AUGGUAGUUCGAAGAGAUUUUCCUUUGCAAUGGGUCUUUGAAACAAGAUCCCAGGAAGGCUGCCCAAGGCCACAAAUUAAUCUCAGUCCACACUUGGGAGUUUCAGAGAUUUUCCUUUGCAAUGGAUCUUUGAAACAAGAUCCCAGGAAGGCUGCCCAAGGCCACAAAUUAAUCUCAGUCCACACUAGGGAGUUGAUUGGUUGGACAUUAUUUAGUUAUGGACUUAAAGAUCCAUAUUUGCCGAUUGUAAUGAUUUUCGAAAUUACUGAUUUUGUUAUGGAUUCAAUAGUCAUGUUUAUUUGUAAGUAUGGGUUGCAGAUUUUUCCGGUGAGGUUAUCGAGUGGUGGUAGGUUGAAGGAUGUCUCAAGCAGCAUUUGUAAUAGGUGGAAGAAUCUGUCGGUAGGGAGGUUUUCUGUUUCAUAUGCUUAUGAGGAUGGUUAUUGUGCUCUUCAGAAUGAAUCUGAUUUUGAGAACAUGCUUUUCUUGCUUAGUAAUUGUGAUCGCAUAAAUGCCAAGGUUGAUAAGAAUGAACAUAGUAGCCGGUUAAUUGUUGGUAGUACUAUUGAUGAAGUGGAUGAUGUUGAUGAAGUUGUUGAUGAUGAGGUAGAAUAUGUGGAUAGAAUGGACCCCGCGGAAAAGUAUUGUAAACAUACGGAGACUAGGUAUUUGACGGAAGCUUGGGCUAAUUUGAUAGAGGGUGUUGGACAAGAAUUUCCCUUAGGUGUGAAGGAGUUCAGGGCUGUGCUAGCUAAAUAUGCUAUUGAGAAUGGCUUUAUGUACCGUUUCGUGAAAAAUGAUUUACUUAGGGUUACGGCUGUUUGUGUUAUUACAGGGUGUGAAUGGAACGUGCAUGCUAUUUUAAAUAGAACCAAUGGAGUAUUUCAUAUUAAAAAGUGUCAUAAUGAGCAUAAUUGUGGGUCAACAUACCGAACCAAUAAGCAUAAGCGCUUGUCAUCCCGUCUGGUUGCGAAUGAGAUAACUGGGAUUGUUGAGAAAAAACCCAAGACUUCUCCAAUCGACAUGCAGGAUUGGUUUACGGACAAGUAUGGUCUUGAUUUGUGCUAUCAUAAUGCUUGGUUAGGUGUGGAGAAGGCAAGGGGGGAAUUGUAUGGAGAUUAUGAAGGUUCAUUCGAUAGGCUUCAGUGGUACGUUGAAGCUGCAAGGGCUACGAAUCCGGGGAGCGUAUUGAGGCUAGAAUCUGAUCCUGUAACCAAAGAGUUUUCACGGCUAUUUGUGUCGUUUGAUGCUUGUAUCAAGGGGUUCAAUUACUGUCGGCCUUUUCUGUGUCUUAAUGCCACCUAUUUGAAAGGUAGAUUCAAAGGAACACUCCUUGCCGCAACAGGGAAAGAUGCAAAUCAAUGUUUAUUCCCUAUAGCUUAUGCAAUUUGUGACGCUGAAAAUGAUGCUAAUUGGACUUGGUUUCUUGGCCUUUUGAGGAGUAUAUUGUCCACUCGUCCUAUUACCUUUAUUACUGAUCGUAACGCAGGUCUUGUCAACAACAUUCCUGUUAUGUUCCCCGGUUGUCAUCAUGCAUAUUGUCUUUAUCACCUACAGUUUAACUUGAAGGAUCACUUUCCUGGUCGAUUUAGGAAAGGUUUUCAGAACAGGCUCGUAGAAUUGUUCAACAAAUGUGCAUAUGCUUCAUCGGUGUCGGUUUACAAAGCUGCGGAGGAAGAUUUUUACCAAUUUGGUGGAGAUAAAGCUAGGACCUUUAUUGCGAGUGUCCCUAAAGAGCAUUGGAGUAACGCGUAUUUUAAAGGUCAACGGUACGGCGAGAUGAACUCUAGUGCCAUGGAGUCGUUUAACAAUUGGAUUCUUAAAGCUCGGGAAAUGCCUGUUUUUUAUUUAGUUGAUGAACUUCGUCGCAAAAUUAUGAAGCAAAUGGCAGCUAUGAGGGUAAAGUCGAUGAAAUGGAAUUCAGUUAUUUGUCAGAAUAUGGAUAAGAAGUUAGCUCGCUUUAUCAAGAAAGGAAGGUCGUGGAGGAUCAUUAUGUCGAAGGGUGGUUUGUACGAGGUGCGCUGUCUUCCCCCGAAGGUAGUAUCUGUUGAGGAAAGGACGUGCUCUUGUGGUCAGUGGCAGUCUACCGGUUUCAUGUGUAGGCAUGCUGCAACGGUUAUUAUAAAAGCUUGCGGAGGGGAAGGAACUUUGGUGGACCACAUGGAUCCGUUAUACCUUGUCGAUGCGUAUCGGCGUGCAUAUAAAGAACCCAUAUAUCCAGUUGUAGAGACUGACAUUUCUGAUUUUACAAAGGAUGGUGACCGGGUUAUAAACCCUCCACGGAAUAGGCGGCCAACAGGUAGGCCCAAAGUUAAACGCAUUCGUUCAAGGGGUGAAGAGUCAUAUACUAGGCCAAAUAAAUGUGAGAGGUGCCACAAGGCUUCAAAGCACAACCGAAGAACAUGCAAAGAGCCAAGCGAUAUAUGA